ACCAUUAAUGAGGAAGCCGCAAAAAUGGGGUUGUUUUCAGAAGAACUAUUUCCAACAAAGCUCAGCUUUGUCAUAUUCAUAUCGUAUAUGGCAUUAUUCAUUAAUCAAGGUAUCUUAGUGACAGCCUCAAAGAGUAAAGACAAUACGUACAACUUUAACACAGUAGCUGUGGUCCUGCUGACAGAAUGCCUCAAGCUCAUUGUGUCAGUUGUAGUCUAUCUAAAAGACCAUUCUGUUGGUCAAUUUUUCUCAGAAAUCCACAAGUACAAACAAGUGUUACUGUACUACUUCGUGCCUGCUGCUCUGUACUGCCUUUACAACAACUUGGGAUUCAUUAAUCUGGCUACAUACGACCCUACAACUUACUUUCUGCUGCUACAGUUCCGUGUUGUAGUGACAGGGGUCGUGUUUCAGAUUGUCUUUAGCAAGCAGCUGAGUCGUAUGCAGUGGCUGUCACUGAUUUUCCUGACUGUUGGGUGUGUGGUAAAGGAAUAUGGCCAUGAUCACGAGACAAAGGUGGAGCCAGGUGCUUCUAGUUGGUCAGUCUACCUCAACCCAAGCCUGCUCCUCAUCAUGGUACAAAUCGUCUCAUCCUGUUUCGCCGGAGUUUACAACGAAUUUCUUCUCAAAGACAAAGGUGUUGAUGUGCACAUAAUGUUACAGAAUGUGUUCAUGUAUCUGGACUCCAUUCUGUGUAAUAUGCUAGUGUUGACCUUCAAGGGCCAGUUAACCUCUGCCUUCACUUUUAAGAGUAUAGCUACCCUCACUCAACCCAGCGUUCUCAUGAUCAUGUGUAAUAAUGCUGCCAUAGGUAUUGUAACUAGUCUGUUUUUACGCUCCUUAAAUUCCAUUUUGAAAACAUUUGCGAGUGCUCUGGAGUUAAUGUUUACAGCAGUUCUCUGUUGGCUGAUAUUUGGUAUCAGGAUUGAUAUCUAUACUUUUAUAGCUAUUUUCAUUGUAUCUGUAGCCACAGUCAUGUACGCUCAAAAACCUGUUGUAAAUCUAGCUAAAACAAGCAGCCAGCAUGGAGCGGAACAGAAGGCGAAAGAAAAUGAUGUUGUAUGAAUUAUAUGUCAAUGUUUUACUUUGUCUUCGAUAAAUUUUAUUAACUUCUGAAAGAUUUUUUUUCUUUUAAAUGUGAACAAAAACUGGCAUUUCGGGAUUGAUGGCAAGUUUAACAUUCUGUGUAGUUUUUGUAAUUCAAAGUUUUUAACACAGACCAAGGCAAAUGUGGUCCUGUUUUCAUUACCUGAAGAGGUUUGUUUUUUUUAACUAUGAGGAAGCAUAUCAAUGAUAAAAUUAUUACUAGAAUUAUCUUCUGUACAAUAUCCUGAUGUUUGCAAGUUUUCUCAAAUGAUUAACAUUGAUGGGUACUUUAGAAUAGUUGUGUCCCUUCAAAUUAAGUAUUGUUUUACUGCUUGGUUGUAAAUUAGAAUAUAGGCCAUUGAAUUGAUAACCAAGAUAGAUUUGAGAAAAGUAUACAACAUACCUGUUCUCUCUAAUGAAAAACAGUAAGUCAGUUGGCAAACUUUAUGUCCUAGUCAUUCAAAGCUUGGUUAGAAUUAAGAAGUGGUAAGUGAAGAAUUCAAAACUCAUGCUACUAGAAUAGAAAUCUGACCUGUCCCCACAAAUCUUCCAAAGUUAAUUCUGACCGAGCUUAGUGCAGCUAGGGUCAGAUAAAUAUAUGUGACUUUGAUAUCAACAUAUCACCAUGUGUAUAUAGAGAUAUAAUCUCAGAACAGACCUCCACAGUAAUGCUUCAGUGAUAUAUCUUAAAUGCUUGCUUUUGCCAUAAACUGCUGGACUAUGCUAAUAUACAUCUACUUCGGUGUCAGUGUAGUCACUAUCACAGUAUGUGUUUAUUGUAGCCAUCUUUCCAGGAAUUGCUGUGCAUUUUUAUUAACUGUUUGUGUAACAAAUCUAAUCAUUGUGUAUGUAUAUGUAUAUAUGUGGGUUGUUUUCUUGUUUGUAGAUUUUUUUAUUAAGUAUACAACUUGUUAUUUGAGGUAUGCAUAAAUUAUUUAGAGGUAAUUUUGAUUUUAUCAAUUAUUAGGUCAUCUGAUACAAAGUCUCAUGUUGACCUAUUUUGAACGCCUUUUGUUGCUGUGUCCAUGUGUAUUAGUAUGUCUGUAAACUUUUUAACAUGUUCAACUUCUCAACAAACCCCUGAACUUACUUCAGUGAAAUUUUAUAGAAACUUUCCCUGGUAAAAACAAACCAAAUAGGGAAUUAUAUGGUUCCCACACACGAGGGGCCUGAGAGGCGGGGUCAAAUUUACUCAAAUUUCAAAAAUCUUCUUCUCGACACCCAGAUAUGGUAGAAUAAGUGCUGUUUGUAGGUGGGAGGGUCUUCAGGUGUUUUAUCAAACAUGUGAAUUUAUAUGACCCCAGGGUCUUGCAUGGGACCAUGGGGAGGGAAUAAAGCUUACUAUAGUUAAUUGAGUGUAACUAUUAUUAGCAUAGAGUGAUGACUUGAUGGUAUGCACUUAUUGAUCCUGGAGGACCCCAAAGGGCCUGAGGGUUGGGGUCAAAUGGGUCAGAUUGAUUCAAAUUUUUAAAAUCUUCUUCCCAACACUCAGAUAUGAUAGAAUAAGGAUUGGAGGGUCUUAAGGUAUUUUAAGAAAAUUGUGGAUUUCAUAACCCCAGGGUCUCACAUUUCAUCCUGAGGAGCUGGUGAAUUUUACAUAUGUUUUUUAUAGGAAAAUUGCAUGUUUGAGAAUAAUGUUUGUUUAUUCUCUAUUGGGAAUAACUUGGUAAGAAUUAUUACUAUAGAAUGACAGUUUGGAUGGUAUUUGACUAUGACUGACCUGCCAAGGGCUUAGAACAUACAACUUAAGUAUUACUGUCAUCAAUGUCACAAUUUCAUUUUUUGGUGCUUGGAAGCUACUUACCCUAUAGGCUGUAUAUCUAGUAUUGCUUACCUCAGAUAACUAUCAAUGCUGCUAGGCCUCUUAUUUUAUUGAAUUGUUUGAAUAUAACAAAAGAAACUUUCUUGCUAAUAGACCCGAAAGUAAUAUCGUGAUAGAAAAUGAUUUGUGUUUGAAUAAAGACCUAAUUUGACAAAUAUGUUUCAAUAGAGGAAAAGAUCCACAAAGUCAUGAUAACCAAUAGACAAGUAAAUUUCCAGUGUUUUAAUGAAGAAUUUUUUUAUCCAUGACAGUUGAGGCGGACUCCGAUGAGGGUAACUUUGGGUGGGUGCCAAGAUAUCUCUGGGAUCUCUUGUUUACUUUGAUAAACAAUUAUGCAGAAAUGUGUUAAUACUUUUAUAUGCACCAUGGGGAAUUUGUUCUGUCUUGAUGUUCAUUGUGAAAUAAGAGACAUGAUGUGUUAUUUAUGAGGGUUAGUACUUUUAGUAUAUUAUGGUAUUUGUGUGUUAAUAUUAUUUUUAGGGUAAUAUUUGUAGAUAGGAAGGGUAUAUAUUAAAGGGUUUUACAUCCAUAGAAUAAACCCAGUGAAAUUUGUAAUAUGUGAUUAAUUGGAAAUGUAGCUAGUUGUAAAUCCAUUCAGAAAGCUUUAAACAGUACAAAACAGACUUCUUAAGCCAGCAGUCAGUUACUGUGAUUUAAGUUUGAUAGUUUGAACCUUAAUAUAUUUGAUGGAUAUCUUUAUCUUUAAAAGUUAAAUCUAGAUUAGAAUUUUUUAUUGAUAAUUUAUUGAUAAAUAGAGUCAUUUAGAUUUAAGUGUAAAUUUCCUUAUUAGAAAAAUAUUGUCAUUGUCAU